UGUGUUCUACACACACACGACCAGACGGAGCUCUGGCAAGUAUUCUGAUGGAUAGCCGGGGUUUGGAUAGGGUGCGUGCGCCUGCACAACCCUUUAUGUUCGCUGCUGUGUGUCUGUUCUCUGUGUUAGGAACGGUGUGUCCGCUCAGCGGAGGAAUGCUCUUCCCCCGGGAGUCUACGUCCAGAGACGUGAAGCACUUGAGCGGACUGUGGGUCUUCCGGGCUGACAAGUCGCCGUCCCGGAGCCUGGGCUUCGAGAAGGCCUGGUUCAAAAGUCGUCUGUCAGAGAAUGGCCCAGUGAUUGACAUGCCUGUCCCUGCGAGCUACAAUGACAUCACCCAGGAUUCUUCACUGAGAGAUUUCCUUGGUUGGGUGUGGUAUGAGCGAGAGGUGGUGGUCCCUGCAAGCUGGAUUCAAAAUAAAGAAAUCAGAGUGGUGCUCAGAGUAGGAAGUGCUCACUAUUAUUCAAUAGUGUGGGUGAAUGGUGUACAAGUGGCUGAACACAUUGGUGGUCACCUUCCUUUUGAGGCUGAAAUAGGCGGUUUAAUUCGCAAGGACCCGACUAGACCAUGCAGGAUCACCAUUGCUGUCAACAACACUCUGACUCUGGAGACUCUCCCUCCAGGAACCAUCCAACACAUGGAUGAUCCCACCAUGUAUCCUAAUGGAUAUUUUGUACAAAAUACCUACUUUGAUUUCUUCAACUAUGCUGGUCUUCAUCGGCCUGUACUGCUCUACACUACGCCUACAGCAUACGUUGAUGACAUCACUGUUGUGACUGACUUCUCAGACAACAUUGGAUUCGUGCACUACAAAGUAUCAGUCCAAGGAGCUAUCACAGUCAGCCUGAAGGUCACUUUGAUGAACAACGAUGGAGAGUGUGUUGCCUCCUCCACAGAGCAGGAAGGAGUGCUCAGAGUGGUGGAUGUCAACCUGUGGUGGCCGUACCUGAUGCACGAAAAACCAGCUUAUCUUUAUACCUUGGAGGUUCGCUUAACGGGAGACGGCGAAGAUGUGUACGCUCUACCCAUUGGCAUCCGCACUGUUGAAGUUACCAGCACCCAGUUUCUCAUCAACAACAAGCCCUUUUACUUUCAUGGAGUCAACAAACACGAGGACUCUGAUAUCCGAGGCAAAGGUUUGGAUUGGCCCCUGAUCGUCAAGGACUUCAACUUAUUAAAAUGGCUUGGAGCCAACUCUUUCCGUACCAGUCACUACCCAUAUGCUGAAGAAAUCCUGCAAAUGUGCGAUCGCCACGGCAUCGUAGUGAUAGAUGAAUGUCCAGGAGUGGGCAUCAAAGACAUUCGUAGUUUUGGAAACGCCUCACUCACUCAUCAUCUGGAUGUCAUGGAUGAGCUCGUACGUAGGGACAAGAACCAUCCCUCUGUUGUCAUGUGGUCCGUAGCUAAUGAGCCAGCCUCAGAAAUGCCACCCGCUGAACUGUAUUUCAUGACCUUGAUCAAGCAUACCAAAGCACUGGACCCUACUCGUCCCGUCACAUAUAUCACAAACAGUAACUAUGCCAGAGACAAAGGGGCUCCCUUUGUGGACAUUAUCUGUGUGAACAGUUACUUCUCCUGGUACCAUGAUCCAGGUCACUUGGAGGUUAUCCCCAUCCAGCUCAACACGCAGUUUGAGAAUUGGUACAAUAGGUACCAGAAACCUAUAAUCCAGAGUGAAUAUGGAGCAGAUGCAGUGUCAGGUCUUCACAGUGAUCCACCCAUGAUGUUUACAGAGGAGUACCAGAAGGUCGUCCUGCAGAACUACCACAACGUGUUUGACCAGAAGAGGAAGCAGUAUGUAGUGGGAGAACUCAUCUGGAACUUUGCUGAUUUCAUGACUGCGCAAGGUAUCACUCGUGUGAUGGGGAACAAGAAGGGCAUUUUCACUCGGCAGAGACAACCUAAAGCAGCAGCCUUCAUACUGAGAGAAAGAUACUGGAGCCUGGCAAAUCAAACUAUGUUACCAUCAUGGACCAAGUAUAUACCUGAACACAGCGUAUGUCCCCACUUACAACCGAGGCAGCCAUAAUUUAAAUGCAGUGUCUAUUUGUGAAAACAAUCACUUCCUGUUUUACAC